AGACCUUUGCGGUCCAUGGAGUGUAGCUUCCUGAAGUCGUAUCCUCAUGGCGGCUCCCAAGUUUUGCAUAUUGGGCGGAGGAGUCUCUGGACUGACAUGUGCUCGUCUCUUGCAGCGGAGUCUUCCUCACGCAGAAGUCACCGUUUUGAGCUCCUCUCGUUUGGGUGCUCCUGCUGUAUGCACUUCGAAAGGAGCCAAGAUGCAGGUUCUUGAGCAAGGCUUUCACAACAGUAUUCUUGUCAACAAGAAUGGACGUGAGGCUUUGGGGCUGCUGAAGCUUUUGAAGCUGGAAGAUCAAGUGCUGAGUGCAAACAUUGAAGCCUCGGCGCGUCGUCACAUCUUUCAUGGUCGAGUCCAACUGGUACCUGGACCACAACAUGUGCUGCUUCAUGGCCCUGCUCUUCUAGCAGAACCUCUAUGGCCUCGGAGCAAAAAGCUGGACGACGAGAGCGUUUUUGCCUUCGUCACACGUCGAGCUUCCAAGAUGCUGGCGACGUAUUUGGCGGACCCCAUCUGUCGUGGCCAGCUGGCUGGAGAUGCCAAGGAGCUCUCGGUGAGGACCUGCUUCCCCAGGCUUUGGCACAACGAACAGCGCUUUGGCUCCGUCUUCCUGGGGGCAGCGCUCUCUACCGUUUUGGCCUAUCGACGUCGAAGUUGGAUGGCGCUGGAUUUGCUGGACCCUUUGCUGCAAAGGGUUGCGGCAGGAGGGCGUUGCUACUCCUUUCGGGCAGGCCUGAGCACCUUGGUAGGUGCCCUGGAGGAGCAGCUGAUGAAUCCGCCUCCUGGAACCAACGCUGCAGAUCUCAGGCGCGAUGCUUCAAUUGAGACGCUGGAGCCAACUGAAAGUGGCAAGCCACGUGUCCAGUUGCGCGACGGCUUUCAAUUGGAAGCCGACUGUGUGAUUGCAUCGAUUCAGCCAACAGCUCUUGGGCAGCUCCUCAAACGCAGUGGCCUUGACUUUGCCGUGAGUGAGCAAAGCCUCAGCGAGCUGUUGCUGUCAAUCCACAACAAGUCCGUGGCCGUCGUCAACCUGUGCUACGAAAAGAAUGUGCUGAAGGAGAAGAGGCUGCACGGUGCAGGGUACUUUGUGGGAUCAGAACAGCAUGAGUCAAUGUUGGCAAUGUCGUGGGAUUCACAACUUUAUCCUGAACAUGGAGGCUCUGAUGGUGCGCAUAUGACUUUGUAUUUCACAAUUCCUGCAGAUGCUCCUCAAGGAGUUGAACUUGAAAGGUUGAUGGAGCAGGCAGCGAUCAAGGCCGUGACUCAGCAACUGGGCAUCCAGGAAGAGCCCACAGAGAUCCGAGUGAAGGUGUGGCAGGACGCGGUGCCGCAGUAUUUGCUGGGCCACCAUAAGAAGUUGCAGGAGUUCAAUGCAGUCCGCCGGCGCCACCUCCCCUGGCUACAGGUCAGUGGGCCAGGCUACUUUGGAACCAGAAACAUCGCUGACGAGAUCAUUGAUGCCAGAGAGCUUACUGACUCCCUGGCAAGACGCUUUGCCCGCUUUCCCGGCCUCGUUGAGAAUGAGCUCGAGGAGGACAUCACCCGCCGCAUGGAGGGAUUCUGAUCUCACGCUCCGAAAAGGUGGGCUGCUAUGGAUACUACGACAAGAAACAACGCUAUGACAGGAGUACGACAAUACCGCGGAGAUACGAGCACAAGUGGAGCAAUUCAAUGACGACCACGAGUUGCUUUGUGGCUUGACCACAAGAGACUAUCGGUCUUUGGCUCGGGCUGAGAGCUGCCAUGACACAUGUUUGUCAAAAGGCAAACCGCGCGGACCUGCGGAAAAGGAAGAGACCGAAACCUUUUCCGGGAAGAAACUGGGACAUUGUUACUAGUAGCGUCCUCGUUCCUAGGAG